CUACAGACCUGCGGCCUCAGCCCCUCCAAAGAAUCGGGAGAUGACGGGGAAAGCGGGGGAAGCGCUGAGCAAGCCCAAGUCCGAGACAGUGGCCAAGAGUACCUCGGGGGGCGCCCCGGCCAGGUGCACGGGGUUCGGCAUCCAGGAGAUCCUGGGCUUGAAUAAGGAGCCCCCCAGCUCCCACCCGCGGGCUGCCCUCGACGGCCUCGCCCCUGGGCACUUGCUGGCAGCGCGCUCAGUGCUCAGUCCCGCAGGAGUGGGCGGCAUGGGGCUGCUGGGGCCCGGGGGGCUCCCCGGCUUCUACGCGCAGCCCACCUUCCUGGAAGUGCUGUCCGACCCGCAGAGCGUCCACUUGCAGCCACUGGGCAGAGCAUCGGGGCCGCUGGACACCAGCCAGACGGCCAGCUCGGAUUCUGAAGAUGUUUCCUCCAGUGAUCGAAAAUUGUCCAAAUCGGCUUUAAACCAGACCAAGAAACGGAAGAAGCGGCGACACAGGACAAUCUUUACCUCCUACCAGCUGGAGGAGCUGGAGAAGGCAUUCAACGAGGCCCACUACCCAGACGUCUAUGCCCGGGAGAUGCUGGCCAUGAAAACGGAGCUGCCAGAAGACAGGAUACAGGUUUGGUUCCAGAACCGCAGAGCCAAGUGGAGGAAGCGGGAGAAGUGCUGGGGCCGGAGCAGCGUCAUGGCGGAGUACGGGCUCUACGGCGCCAUGGUGCGGCACUCCAUCCCCCUGCCCGAGUCCAUCCUCAAGUCUGCCAAGGAUGGCAUCAUGGACUCCUGUGCCCCGUGGCUACUGGGGAUGCACAAAAAGUCGCUGGAGGCGGCAGCCGAGUCGGGGAGGAAGCCCGAGGUGGAACGUCAGGCCCUGCCCAAGCUCGACAAGAUGGAGCAGGAGGAGCGGGGCCCCGACCCGCAGGCGGCCAUCUCCCAGGAGGAACUGAGGGAGAACAGCAUCGCAGCGCUCCGAGCCAAAGCUCAGGAGCACAGCACCAAAGUGCUGGGGACUGUGUCUGGGCCGGACAGCCUGGCCCGGGAUGCUGAGAAGCCAGAGGAGGAGCCCGUGGACGAAGACAGGCCGGCGGAGAGGCUGAGUCCGCCGCAGCUUGAGGACAUGGCUUAGGUCAAGGGGCGUGCAGACGCCGGAGCCCCAAGACUCUGCUCUCCUCCGGGCCUGUGGUGCUGGGAGCUGCUCUCUGGGGCAGGGCCCAGGCCUGGCCUCUGCCCUCCUCCCCUCGCCCACAGGCCCCUUUACCCGGUGUCUGCAGCACAGCUCAGUUCUGGCGUGGCUUGGACCACGCUGAGACAUCCCCGACCCAGUCUCCACCUCUCCAGCCUCCGCCUCCUCGUCCCAGCAUCCCUGCCUCAGACGCCUUCUUGCUGCCCCAGACCAGCCCCUCCAGCCCCCUUCGCUCAAUCCCCUGGCACCUCCCGCAGUUCACGGCCACCCUGUCCUCUCUGUCCUCUUGCUCUAAAGAGCCCCCCCUUGCUAGCUCUACACCCCUUGUGGAUUCUGCUCCGCCCAUGCCCAAAGCCUGCUGC